AGCCCGUAACGACGUCCUCUUGUCCUUUAGUGGUUUUGAGACCUUUCCUUCUUUAAACGUGUCGCUAAAAUUUUUUAACGUAGUUUAACUAAUCUGUGUACAUGUAAUUACAUUUACAUAACAAAGACUUUUAUUGUGAAGAGGAGUUUGACUGUGCUGGGCGUUUUCGUCUCUGUCCAGCUUCACGUCGCCGGGAUCAUUAAAAAGCAGCUUGUUGGCGAUAAAAACAGCUAGCAUGGAGGUAGCUUUCAGUCGCUAGGUGCUUCUGCUGAUGGUGUGUUUCGCUGUGAGUUUAGCUCAGGGACAGUUUGUGGAGAUUGCAUCACUGACCGGAUGAUGUCCGCCCAGCCUCUGCGGCAGCAUCAGCAGCCCGGGGAGGAUUCAGCAGCUUGCUAACAGAGCCAGCCCGGCUAGCUGAUGCUGAUGACUGGCUGUUUCCUGGCAUUGACUUUCAGUGGGAGGCACCAUGGCCGGUAAGGUUAAGUGGGUGACAGAUAUUGAGAAAUCAGUGCUUAUCAACAACUUUGAGAAAAGGGAAUGGAUUCAAGUUACAGAAAACGACGACUGGAAUUUCUACUGGAUGAGCAUCCAGACCAUCAGGAAUGUGUUCAGCGUGGACACCGGUUACCGCCUGUCAGAUGACCAGAUGGUUAACCACUUUCCCAACCAUUAUGAGCUGACAAGGAAGGACCUGAUGAUCAAGAACAUCAAACGCUACCGCAAGGAGCUGGAGAAGGAAAGCAGUCCGCUAGCGGAGAAAGACGAGAAUGGAAAAUACAUUUAUCUGGAUUUCGUCCCGGUGACGUUCAUGCUUCCUGCUGAUUAUAACCUCUUUGUGGAGGAGUUUCGUAAGAAUCCGUCCAGCACCUGGAUAAUGAAGCCCUGCGGGAAGGCCCAGGGGAAAGGCAUCUUCCUCAUUAACAAGCUGUCCCAGAUUAAAAAGUGGUCGAGAGACAGCCGCACCUCAACGUUUGUAGCAGCAUCUAGUGGCAAGGAAGCUUAUGUCAUCUCUCUGUACAUUGACAACCCUCUGCUGAUAGGGGGGAAGAAGUUUGACCUGCGUCUUUAUGUCCUGGUGACCACAUAUCGACCCCUGAAAUGCUACAUGUACAAGCUGGGCUUCUGCCGGUUCUGCACAGUGAAGUACACACCCAGCACCAGCGAACUGGACAACAUGUUUGUGCACCUCACUAACGUGGCCAUCCAGAAACAUGGGGAUGACUACAACCAUGUCCAUGGAGGGAAGUGGACGGUCAGUAACCUCCGUUUGUACUUAGAGAGCACCAGAGGAAAGGAGGUGACAAACAGAUUGUUUGACCAGAUCCACUGGAUCGUGGUGCAGUCACUGAAGGCUGUAGCUCCUGUGAUGAACAAUGACAAGCACUGUUUUGAGUGUUACGGGUAUGACAUCAUUAUUGAUGACAAGUUGAAGCCAUGGCUUAUUGAGGUCAACGCCUCUCCCUCGUUGACAUCCAGCACAGCCAACGACCGCAUCCUUAAGUACAACCUCAUCAAUGACACCCUCAACAUUGUUACACCCAAUGGGGACAUUCCAGACUGCCGCUGGAAUCGGAGCCCGCCUCGAGAGGCCCUGGGCAACUAUCAAGUCCUGUAUGACGAAGAGCAGGCGCAGAGCGAGAAUGCUGAGCGUGACCUGCGGAGCCGUUCGGGUCAGUCGCUGGGGUCAAAGGGCACCAAGGGGAGUGCAGGCGUUCGCCCCACUGCCGCCACCUGGAAGUGAAGCGAUAAUUUUUCCCUCAAAUUGACUUCCUGUACAACACUCCAGGGACCUUCUGUGGGGAACCACUUGGACUUCUUUUUUUUAGCACAUUGGACAGAUGCUCCCUCCGUCCACAUUUCACUGACUGCGGCACAGGGAGCAACGGCACUGCUGCUCAAUGGAGAAAAAUCAGCUAUGUGCUCAUAUUCAGAAGGUUGAAAAGCUUGUGUUUGUCACUGUUUAUAUGAAUGUAAAACAAAAUAAGUGGAACUGACAGUGCUCUGACAGGUUUGAGGUCAAAUCAAGUAGGUCAAAUAUCACAUACAGCAGCGGUUUCCACACUUAAGACAAGUGCUGAUGAAAUCUUCGGAGAUGAACAUGAAGGAUUACUAUGCAUGACACCGGAUUGCUGACACUUUAACUUGACCUUCCACACCGGUGCUAAUGAGAACAUACACUGUAUGGUAAUGAAGUGGUAUAAAGUUAUCAAAUAGAAGUGAUUUAAAGAUUUAAUUUAUUAAAAGGCAGUUGAUAGGCAGAAUUAGCAGUACUAAAUGUUAACAGAGUUUAAUGAUUUUUGUACGUUGAUUAUCAGUAUGUUUUGCGGGGUUUUGAUGAUUGUAUUCCUCUUGCACUUUAUUUCUUUACAUGUGCUUUAAAAAGUAUGUCUCAUCGUUCAUUUCAAGUCUCAUCUGCUGAAAAUUUAAAUGCUAAUUAUAUGUGUUGAGGUGUUUUCUUAUUGCCUGCUCAUUUCCUUCAACUACUAAAAAACAGAAACACUGAUGAAGAGUUAUCGUCCAUCUUUCUGAUAACUGGAUUUUUGGCUAAAUGAUAUUGGCAACACGCUGAGAAAUAAAUCUUGGUCUUUUAAAAUAAAGUUACAAAACUCCCUCUUACCUUACUGAUUCUGUUUUGGGCUGCUGCUAACAUUUUUUUAUGUAAUUUUUUACUUUUUCCAUGAAUUCACUAAUGACUUUGCCUGUGAAAUGACAUAAGAUGUAUUAAAAUGAAUUACAGAAGUUGUUACUUGAAAAGGUUUUCAAAAGUUCUGCUUAAGUCAUUUAUGACUACUUCCACUUCUAAGUCAACGAUCAGGAGUAUUAUCCAUGGUCAUUUUCUCCAAAAAGCAAUGAAAAGACAGGAGAGGGUUUAGAGAAACAUGUUUGCAAUCAAAUUACGAUUAAACAAGGUUGAAACAGUAUGAUUCAGCUCUGCCCUGACACAGUGUCCAAUGUGCUGUUUUCUGUGUAAUUAAAUGCUGCUUUAUUUUAGUUGCAUUAUGUGUGCCGAGUCAUGAUUUGAAAUAACAAGCUGUGUAACAAAGUGCUGCUUUCUUUACUUUACUAAAUUCAUUCUGUUUAAAUAAAAAGCUGUCGGGUUACUGUUAGGGCGGGAGGGUUGUAGUCUUUGUUGAAAAUAAAUGUGUAGUCUGGAGAAUAAUCAGAGGUCAAGCCUUCAAAAAGCCUAUGACCUAUAUGUUCUUACUGUUGCCACAGCAGCAAAGCAGGUCUCUGCAUGGUACUGUUUCUUGGUUAUCAGCAGGUUGUCAAGUGGUGUAAGCUGUACAUGCUGUGGUCUGUGAUUUCUGACUGAAGUCCCCAAAGUAAACGCUCUGUUUUUACAAACCAAAUUUAAAUUUAGAAACCAAAUUUACUGGAAGGUUAGGUUCCCAUGGCUGCUUGUCUUCAACCCCUUUAUAAACUUUUGUGAACAAUACAUGAACAGAAACUCUCUAUGGUUUCCUUUAUAUGUUUUUUGUUUUUUGCUUUUAUAUUUCAAUAAAAUAUCCGUACUGUUGA